AUGGCCACAUCUUUGUCCGCCGUGGGCGAAGCCUCCAAUCCCCCUCGUCGCGCGUCAGGACGUGUUCGAAAGCCAGUUGAAACUACCGGGUCGAGCCCAACAAGCAUCGGUAAAAGAAAGCGCGGCGAUCAUACAGAUGCUCAAGGCGAUGCACAAAUGACGGAUGACGACGUGUCGGACGAAGACCAAUCAUCAGAAGAGGGCGAACCAGAUGAAGAGGAGGUUCGCGAACAACGCAAAAGGGCACGGAACGCGAAGGCUUCCGCCCCCAAGAAGCCGGCACAGAAGAAGGCCAAGGUGAACGGCACGACACUGGCCAUGCGACCUGCUCCGGCUGGCGCGAGGAAACGAGCGGCAAAGAGAGGCAAGGCGGUCAAUACGCAAGAUGCGGAGGAAGCCGGCGGCCUAUACAGCGAGGUCUUCGCGAGCGGGGCCACACUCGAAGAAAUCGCCGCAGAGUGGCUCAAGACCUUCGAGGAGCAUGAGUCGCGCGCUCUGGCCAGUGCAACAGCCCCAACAGAGUACCCCCUCAUCGCGAAAGGCAAAGCCGGCACCAUCUUCAAGGAGAGCUUCUCCGGCUUCUCAAACGCGUUGCUGAAGGCCGUCGCUGCGAGCGGCAAGCUGUAUGACGAGCCGUUGAUCAUCGACAACCUAGAGGUUUGGUUCUCCACCAUGUCCUCGGCGGGGAACCGUGCAUUCAGACAUACGGCUACAGUCGCCUCGCUCAAUAUCAUCACUGCUCUGGCCGAAAUCUCUGCUGGGAGAGGGAAAGCUGCAGCAGAUGGGCAGCGACAAGCGACCAACGAACGCAACAAGAAGAAUCAUAACAAGGCUCGCGUGCGGGAUAUUGAUGCCAGAGUGAAGGAGGCCACACAAGCGCAGGAGUAUAUCCAGGAGCAGCUGAAAGACUGGUUCGACACGGUCUUCAUCCAUCGAUACCGUGAUGUCGAUCCAGCCAUUCGACGCGAUUGUGCGGUCGCUCUUGUGGACUGGAUCAUGGCACUUCCAGAGUACUUCCUCGAUAGCGGACACCUGCGCUACCUUGGCUGGGUGCUGAGCGAUACCGUCGCAGCUACGAGAGGCGAAGUGGUCAAGCAGCUACACCGGCUGUACAAAGACAAAGACAAGAUCACUGGACUCGGGACAUUCACAGAACGUUUCCGCUCUCGCAUUGUCGAAAUUGCAACAUCCGACGCUGAAUCGAGUGUACGUGCUUCUGGAAUUGAAUUAUUGUACGACAUUCGCGAGAGUGGCCUUCUGGAGCCGGACGACAUCGAUGCUGUCGGCCGUCUCAUCUACGACUCGGAUUCCCGCGUACGCAAAGCCGUUGCUGCCUUCUUCGCCGAGAACGUCAAGGAUCUCUACAACUCCAAGACGGACGACCUCGGCGGGGUGGAAAGUCUCGAAGAGUCUCUGCCCGAACCCGACGAGAGCAAUUUCGAUACUCCGAGACUGCAAUGGCUGAUGUUCAAGUCGCUUGCAGAGAUGAUGGUAGAGUACGAUGUGGAAGACGAUGUGCCCAAUCAUGUCGAGCGUGGCCGAGACGGCGGACUGACUCUUCAUGCUGCUGCGAAUGCAGAGUCGAGAUUCACGCUUGCGGCGGACGCUCUUUACGACAAUGUAGACGCACUUCAGGACUGGCAGGGCUUGUGUGGUUACUUGCUCUACGAUCACUCGGCAAGCCGUACGAAUGGCGUGGCGAGUGAUCCUCUGUCUCAGCUGAAGCAGGAGAGCGCGCUGAAAGAGCGGGAAGAAGUGAUCCUGUUGGAGCUUGUCAGCGCCAGCGUCAAGCACGCUAUCAUUGACCUAGCCGAGAGCGCGACAAAGGGGAAGCUCACCAAGAAGCAGAAGGAGGAGCUGAGCGAAGAGCAAGAAGACGCCGCACGACACCUCGCCCUCGUCAUCCCCAAGCUUCUGAAGAAGUUCGGCGAUGCCCCGAGCACUGCCGCCGCGGUAUUGCGGAUUCAGCGCGCACUCAACCUGCCGUCUAUGAGAGACCUGCGGCAGGAUUCCACGGCGCAUGCUGCGUUGUUGGACGACAUUCGGAAGCAAUUCAUGUCGCACGGCACGGAUGAAGUGCUUGGUCCCGCCAGCGAGGCCAUCCUACACGCCAAAUCGUACGGGGCACUCGACGAUGUAACGGAAGAGAAGCUCGGCAUGCUGUGGGAAGACGUGAUCAACAAUCUCGCCGAGCUCAUCCACCCCGACGCAAUUACCGUCCGCGGGGCUUCCGAAACCGAGCAGCUGGUGGCCAUCAGCAACAACCUGCUCCGCAUCACUCGUCUCGCCCAAGUCUCAAACCCCAUCGCCGCGCUAGAAGACAGCAGUAUCGCAGACAACAACAACCCCUCCAACACCGACUACCAAGGCGCAAUCGACUACAUCAUCGCUCUAAUCCAGCGCGCCCAACCCUCGCCCAACAUCCCCUCCAUCUCCCCCGAAGACAGCCACCUCGAAGACCAAAUCGCGUCCCGCGCCGCCGACGCCGCCUUGCGCUACCUGCAAUGGAAACUGCAACUCAUCAUGCAAAACGCCGCCUCGGCCUCCGCGUCCGACAUCCCCUACGACGAACUCGAAGCCCUCGCCACCCGCCGCGACACUUUUGUGCACAACAUCGAAGCCGUGCUGCAGGCGCGCGCCGGCGGCGAGAGUGUGUGCGCGAGCUUGGCACAGGAUAUGCUGGAACUGCACGCGUCUGCCGUCCUGCUGAAAACGAUCAAACUCCGGCCUGGGAUGCGCGACGAUUGGGAGGCGCUGGUAAUGAGUCUGGACGAGGCGGCCGUCACAUCUAUCCUGCGCGUCUUCACCGCAGUAGAGAAGUCCUUCGCCACGCUAGCAAACAAAAAACUCGAAUCCGCGCCCGCCGAGAAAGCAGCAGAUGCCAAUGACGACGAAGAAGACGUCCACGCCGACCCGCUGGACGACGACGACGACGAGCCCAUGUCCGACUCCUCACCCUCCGACGAAGACGAAGCUGCGCAGACGCAAGCCUCGCAGCUCCGGCGCGAGAACAAGUUGCGCAAAACCGUGCUGGCGGAGAAGACGCUGUGCGAACUCGCGGGCAAGAUGAUCUACGCCGUUCACGCGGGCGUUGAUGACAGGGGCCGGAUGAAGCGGCGCUUGCAGCGGAAUCGGGCGCGGCUGGGGCCGAAUUUCAAGGAGUUGGUGGGGAGUUAUUUGGAUUUGGGGAAGGAGGGGAAGGGGAAGGGGAAAGCGGCGAGGGGGAAAGCUAAGGAGAAGGUUGGUGCUGGUGCGGGGGUGGGGCAGGCGAAGGGCAAGGGGAGGUUCAAGAGUAAUGCUAUUGUUGCUGAGGAUGAGGUUGAUGAUGAGAUUGAGGAUGACGAGGAGGAGGAGGAGGAGGAUGUGGUGGGUGGGGGUGAGGAGGUGGAGAGCGUGCGCGAGGAGGAUUGA